AUGCCUCCCCACGAAGGACUGGUACACCUCAAAGAAUACGAUAUUAAAGACAGUAAUGUAGAAUUGAUUGGAACAGAUCUUGACCAUCGUGUCAAGUACAAUUCUGCUGCCUCCGAGCCUGCCUGGAAUAAUGGCAAGAUAGGCCAAGAGCCUGGUCUUUUUAUUUGGCGAAUUGAGAACUUUGAAGUCAUCCCCUGGCCUCAAGAGAAAGCUGGCCAGUUCUACGAUGGAGACAGUUUCAUCGUGCUGCAUUCUUACAAGGUUGGCGAUCAUGACAACCUAGGUCAUGACAUUUUCUUUUGGCUGGGGAGCAAAACCUCCCAGGAUGAGGCUGGUACUGCUGCCUAUAAAACCGUUGAAUUGGACGAAUUCUUGCAUGGAGCUGCCACUCAGCAUCGCGAGACUCAGCAGCAGCCCUCUGACGAAUUCCUGUCUCUGUUCAGUCACAUCUCAAUUCGGUCAGGGGGUGUGCGCUCUGGAUUCACGCACAUUGAACCGGAAGAUGCAAAAGAGGUGCUUACGCUGCUCCGCAUCUUCAAGAACCCUGUGGCUGGCCGCGCAAACUCUAUCAUUGUUCAUGAAGUCGAGCCGACUUGGCAAAGUCUGGAUGAGAACGAUGUCUUUAUCUUAGACAAGGGUGACAAGAUCUGGGUUUGGCAAGGAAAGAAAUGCAGCCCGAUGGAAAAGGCCAGGGCAGCACAAGUAGUUAACGAUAUGACUCUCGCAAAGCAUAUCGAUGUCGAAGUGCUCUCGCAGCUUGAAUCCCGGUCUCAUAUUAUAGUCGACUUGCUAGGUGGGAAGGAAGCAGAUCAAUCUGCAUUUCAAGCUGCUAGACCUGGAUCCUUUGCAAAGACCACUGGAAGCGAGAGUAAGCUCUCUCGUCCGCGCAAGUUGUUCAGACUCAGCGACGCAUCUGGUACAUUGUCCUUUGAUCUCGUCAAGGACGGAGACCAGGUUGGGAAGUCUGACUUCAACGCCGGAGAUGUCUUUCUCUAUGACACUGGUAACCGACUAUGGGUCUGGCAGGGCCAGGAUGCCAGUAAAAGAGAGAAAGAUUCUUGGAUCAAAGUCGCACAAUCAUAUAUUCGCUGGCUUGAAGAAGGCCAAGAUAAUUCAAAGGCCUACCUUACCCCGAUUUCAAAGGUUGUACAAGGUCAUGAAAGUUCUGCAUUCUUAAAAUCAAUUGCAGUUUGA